ACGGAGCUGCGCUGUACAACCCGUAUAGAUUUACCUGACGGACGGCUUGAUGCAAAUGGCCUGCAGUUCGGCUGUGUCGUGGGCCUCGAUUUUGCAAACGUUUGUUCCGUGACCCUCGGGUCCAGCCGUCACAGCUUGAACCAAACGGAGAUAGCCAUAUAGUCCGGUGAUUCUCAAUCACACUGGUUCAACUUAGGGGAAGUCACACAAGGGAUCGACAUUCUUGAGGAUAAUCUUGGUGCUGGUUCUACAAGAUCAAGUUUGGGUCGGUACUUCUUCACCUCGGACACUAUAAGCGCAACGACUCAGGUGUUAGCAUAGGGUGAUUCUAUUCUCAACUAUCGAUGCGUCGACAACAAGUCCAGUAUAAAGGCAUGAAUGGACAAAGCACGCAGUCCCAUCAUCACCCAGGGUCGUCGAUGCAUGUCACGGGCGGAUGCGGGACAGCGACCACAAGAUGUAAAAGAGCCACCCAUAUUCGUCACAAACUGGGCUGGACGGAAUGAGUGCAAAAUCCAGGAGAACAAACCCAUCACCGAUGGAUCGAUAGUUUUCACGCUUGUUGUACCCGAAAAAAAUAAGACAGCAGAUCGACCGUAUCAUUUCUCGUGUCGACGAGUAACAGCACAAUUCGACGUGCCACCUUUAUUUUCACAGGGAUGUGAAAGCUGCAUUAAAUAUGGCCUUAUUGAUAUUUUGUAUGCUCAUUUAUCGACAACGACCGCGCUGCUUUAUCCGGCCAUCAUUUUGAUUAGCUCACCAACAACAGCAACAACAAUAAGAAUGACACCAGCUACAAGGAGAAGAAGGACUAGAUUGAAACGGUCUCUUUCGACAAAUGGACAGGACAGUCAUGGCCGCUGUACAUAUUGGUAAGAUGGAAAAAAAGUAACGGCAUGAAAGGGUACGGAGCUAUUGCACAACUUAUUCUUACUGACUUGGAGUUUAUUCUUCAUAUUCUAACUUUUUUGGAUGUACUUGCUC